AUGGACAACGUCCUUUGCCCCAGCCAAGCCGCAGUAUUCUCCGACGUCAAAUUGACUACCUCCAAACUGUUCUUCAAUAUUACCGCCAAUGGAUCAGGGCGUGAUUUGGUCUUUCAAAUGUUCGUGAAAGCCGAGGUGGACAUUCUGAAGGCCAUAAAUCUGGUCAAGAAAGCGUGGAUGUCUGUACACCCGUACGUGUCAGAUCCGAGCGAUCGAUAA